UCUCUCAGACCCGGGGCGCAUGCGCAGAGUUUGCCUAGGCCGGAUCCUCCCAUCUGUACUUUCUGUGCGCACUGGCAGGGAUGGGGGCGGGGUGUGUAUGAGGCCGAGUAUCGUAGCGGCGCGGCCUGGCUUGGCUGGGCCUCCGGGAUGGUAGAGAAAGGGGGACGGAGAAUGCAGUGGCGCUCAGGGCCUGACCGGGGGGCGCCAAUGGCGCCGUUCACGGUAGUGGUGGUGCUGCUUCUUCUACAGGGGACUGCUGGGGAGCAGUGCGACGCUGCACCUUGUUAUUGCCGGCGAGGUCUGUUGGAUUGUAGCCGCCUCCGUUUGUCCAGUCGGAGCCUGGAACAGGGCCUGCUCUUACCUUUGCCUCGCAGCAGUAGCACCACCGCGCUAGACUUCAGUCCUUUGUUACCUUCAAACUGGAGCAUUAAUUCAUCAGGCCAAAUAUUACAAGAAGUAAAAAUGAAUUACAAUGAGCUAACUGAGAUUCCAUAUUUUGGUGAAUUGACUUCUAAUAUCACACAACUCUCACUAGUGCAUAAUGCAAUCUCAGAAAUUGUCCCUGAACAGCUACUGCAUUACAUUUCCUUGGAGAACCUCGACCUCAGUUCUAACCUAAUCUCUGAAAUCAAAGCCUCUUCAUUCCCACAGAUGCAGCUGAAGUACCUGAACCUGAGUAACAACAGAAUAACUACUCUGGAACCAGGAUGUUUUGAUAACUUAACCAGCUUCUUAAUAGUUUUGAAAUUGAACAGAAACAGAAUAAGCAUGAUUCCACUGAAGACCUUCAGGUUGCCUCAUGUACAGUUCUUGGAACUUAAAAGAAACCGAAUUAAAAUAAUAGAGAGCCUUACCUUCCAAGGCUUGGACUCCUUAAAAUCAUUAAAAAUGCAGCGGAAUGGGAUUAGCAAGCUAAUGGAUGGUGCCUUCUUUGGACUGGAUAAUAUGGAAGAACUAGAACUGGAACAGAAUAACCUGACAGACAUAAACAAGGGCUGGCUGUAUGGUUUGAAGACAUUACAGCAGCUUUAUGUCAGCCAGAAUGCAAUUAACCGGAUCAGUCCUGAUGCGUGGGAGUUUUGCCAAAGGCUUUCUGAACUAGAUCUAUCAUACAACCAGCUAACACGCCUAGAUGAGUCUGCUUUUGUUGGACUGAGUUUAUUGGAGAGAUUAAAUUUGAGUGACAACAGAAUCAGUCACAUUGCUGAUGGUGUCUUUAAGGGACUUUCAAAUCUACAAACAUUAGACUUGCGAAAUAACGAGAUCUCCUGGGCCAUAGAAGACUCAAAUGAAGCAUUUAUAGGACUUGACAGACUCAAUAAACUGAUUCUACAAGGAAACCAGAUUAAGUCAGUCACAAAGAGAGCAUUUUCUAGUCUUCGGGCUCUUGAAUAUCUAGAUUUGAACAACAAUGCAAUAAUGUCUAUUCAAGAAAGUGCUUUUUCCCAGCCAAUUCUUAAAGAACUGAUAUUGAACACCAGCAGCUUACUGUGUGACUGCCAGUUGAAAUGGCUGCUUCAGUGGCUUACCCACAGCCAUUUACAGGAUGCUGUCAGUGUCGUUUGCGCUCACCCUGAAUGGCUGGCUGGACAAAGUAUCCUCAGUGUGAAUCCUGAAGACUUUGUCUGUGAUGACUUUCCCAAGCCACAGAUCAGAGCACAUCCUGAGACUACCAUUGCAUUAAGAGGCACCAAUGUCACCCUGACUUGCAAAGCAGUGAGCAGCAGUGAUUCACCCAUGUCCACCACCUGGAGAAAGGACAGUGAAGUAUUGUAUGAUGCAGACAUUGAGAAUUUUGUCAGGUACCAACAGCAAGAUGGGGAAGUUCUGGAGUACACUACUCUCCUGCACCUUUUCAAUGUAAACUUCACUGAUGAAGGAAAAUACCAGUGUAUCAUCUCCAAUCACUUUGGGUCUAAUUAUUCCAACAAGGCCAAGUUGACCAUUAAUGAGCUGCCUUCUUUUGUGAAAACUCCUAUGGAUCUAACUAUCAGGACUAGAGCCGUAGCUAAAUUGGAGUGUGCUGCAGAAGGGCACCCCCCACCUCAGAUUUCCUGGCAGAAAGAUGGAGGUACAGACUUCCCUGCAGCUCGUGAAAGGCGCAUGCAUGUGAUGCCGGAAGAUGAUGUCUUUUUCAUAGCAAAUGUGAAAAUAGAAGAUAUGGGUAUCUACAGCUGUAUGGCACAGAAUGUGGCAGGGAGUCUAUCAGCUAAUGCCACAUUGACAGUGUUAGAAACACCUUCAUUUGUCAGACCCCUGGAAGACAGGACUGUGGCCCAAGGUGAAACAGCAGUGUUGCAGUGCAUUGCUAGUGGGAGCCCUGCCCCUCGCCUUAACUGGACCAAAGAUGAUGGGCCUCUGACAGUAACAGAACGACAUUUCUUUGCUGCUGCCAAUCAACUCCUCAUCAUUGUGGAUGCUGGAUUAGAGGAUGCUGGGAAAUAUACUUGCAUAAUGUCCAAUACACUCGGUACUGUACGUGGCCAUAUCUACCUAAACGUCAUAUCCUCGCCAAACUGUGACUCUUCCCAAACAUCUCAAACUGGCAUUGGGAUUGAAGAAGAUGGCUGGAUGACAGUUGGCAUUGUGAUAAUUGUUGUAGUCUGCUGUGUUGUAGGCACCUCUCUGGUAUGGGUUAUUGUUAUCUAUCAUAUGAGAAGGAAGAGUGAAGACUACAGCAUCACUAGCACAGAGGAGGUAAAUUUGCCUGCUGAUAUUCCCAGUUACUUAUCCUCCCAAGGGACUCUGUCAGAGCCGCAGGAAGGCUAUAGUAAUUCCGAGGCAGGAAGCAACCAGCAACUUAUGCCUCCCUGCAACGGUUAUGUGCACAAAGGCACAGAUGGUGGCGCGGGAUCAUUGGUGAUCUGCUCAGAUUGCUAUGACAAUGCCAACAUUUACUCCAGAACCAGAGAGUAUUGUCCUUAUACAUACAUCACUGAAGAUGAUCCACUUGAUCAAACACUUUCCAGCCUAAUGGUACAGAUGUCCAAAGAGCCCUAUCCAGUGUGCCCCCAGCAUGAAGCCAUCACUCUUGAUAGCCUCUCAGGUGACAGAGACAUGUCUGUUUUUCUUAAUAAUCAAGAAAGAAUACAUGAGAGGAAGCCCUGCUCUCAACCAUGCAACAAUGAUCCUUUUCAGCUGUCUUUAUGGGGCAUCAAUAAAGAUGUGGGAUUAUUACAUCCUCAUUUCUCACUUCAGCCAAAGACCCAUGAGGUUCCUCAAGCUCUGCAAGGUGAAAGCAUAACAGAGAGUGAACAUGAGCAAGCUAUUUCGCCCAGACCUUGCCACAGGUUACAUGAACAUAACUUUGACUUUAACAGGACUCAGAACAUACAGGAACAUCAUGAAGCUACAUAAAACACAUCAAAAUAAGAAGCCUUAGCAGAAGGCUUUGAGUCAACAAUACCUUUGCUACCUCAGGUUUGGCCCCAUGGCCAAAAAUAUUCCAUGCUUGCAACAGAAGCUUACAGGGCAAUCUUACGCAUCUCUGUCUAGAAGUGAGUAUCUUUGAGUUGAAUGGGGCUUACUCCAAGAUGUGUGUAGGAUUGCAGCAUCAAAGGACCAGACCAGUGACUAUAUGCUAUAAGCAAAGAGAGAGCGAGGAAUGAUAGAGACCUCUCCUCCACUUACAGUGCACAUCUUAAGACUCAGCAGUCUGAUGAACUGAAUGGUGGACAGGAAAAAAGAAAUAGUACAGUGGGGGAUAUGAUAAAGGGAAGGCGUCUGCCUGGAAGCAGUCCCCCAAAAGCUUCACAAACAUUGUUUUCUGCUGAAGAAAUAUACUUUCAAGAGCCCCCUCAAGAUCUCUCAGUAAUCGUAAGCAGGAAGCUCUUGAUUGACUUAUUUGGUCCUUCUGAUGACUAGCAGGGAUUCAUAUCAGUGUGUCCAAUCACAAACGUAUGUUACCCUUUCUAUGGCUUAAAGACUUCAGUUGUAAAUAUAUUUGCAUAAUAUACAUAUUUUGUAUACACUGCUAAACAUUUGGACUGAAAUGUAAAUUUUUAUUAUGCCAAAAAUUACAUAUGGUCCUAUCAUCUGGACAUCUGCUGAUCAGAGACUAAAGAUAGAUCAUCUUUAUCUAGAAUUGAACGCUUACGAGGCUAGUUCAUAUAAUCUUGUUUUGCACACACAAUGGUUAUAGCUAUCACAUGAUAUCCUGUUUAGUAGAAGUUUUCAUUAUGUGAUAGCUGUUCCCAUAUUCUAGUUUUUGUGUGGGUAGUAGCUGUUAAUGGAAGGAAAGAUCAUGCAUGAUGGGGUUUUCAUGUGAAUUGGUCCAUCCCCGGGCACAUCCAAAGCAAUUUUGCUACCUGAGGUGAAGGACAACGUUCCCUCCCCCCAUUUUGUGUACAGAAGUCAGCUGGACUGGUAAUUAAACACUGGCAAUGGGACAGCAUCCCCACCACACCUAAGGGCAACAGGCUAGUCUAAUGGGUGCAGGGUAGGCCGUAGGACACUCACAGCUCUGUCUUCCAACAUUGCAUCACUGCUCUUCAUUCCCUAGCAUCUGCUACCUGAGGCAACCAUCUCACUCUGCCUAAUUGUAGGGCUGGCCUGCAUAGGAGCUAGAGCACGGUUAGGUAUAUGUAUUUUGUGGGCACACUUAAAGUAUCUCAGGUGUUUUCCUGUGUAGUCUACAAGUUAUUGUUGGAAUUCUCAGGCUGUGAGCUGUUAAAUUAUGUCAUUUUCCAAAAUGUAUGGUUACUAAGAAAGAUUUAACAAUGUGACAGUGUGGUGUUCUCAAGGUUAGAAAGACUUCUAUAUAUGGAUGCACGGAUCUUCAGAUUUAAUGAGAUGAAUAUCUGGGUAGCCAUAGAGGAAUGCUUGGUCAUUUCAGCUAGCACAGCAGGCAUGGAAGGAAUUUGUCACACUUCUAACAUGCUGUUGCACCCCAAAUUGUCUCUCAUGGUACAUGACUAAAGCUAAGGUGCUCUUGGGAGAAGCUGCAAGUAAAGAAAUAUUAACUCAGGGUAAUGAAGAACACAUUAUUUGCUCUUACUAAUCUUACAUGUGUUAACAUUUUGGGUUCUCGACAGCAGCUUGAAGAUACCUUGUUAAGGGUAAACAUGGCAUCAUAAGAACAUAAGAAGACCCGGCUGGAUCAGGCCAGUGGCCCAUCUAGUCCAGCAUCCUGUUCUCACAGUGGCCAACCAGGUGCCUGGGGGAAGCCCGCAAGCAGGACCUGAGUGCAAGAACACUCUCCCCUUCUGAGGCUUCCGGCAACUGGUUUUCAGAAGCAUGCUGCCUCUGACUAGGGUGGCAGAGCACAGCCAUCAUGGCUAGUAGCCACUGAUAGCCCUGUCCUCCAUGAAUUUGUCUAAUCUUCUUUUAAAGCCAUCCAAGCUGGUGGCCAUUACUGCAUCUUGUGGGAGCAAAUUCCAUAGUUUAACUAUGCGCUGAGUAAAGAAGUACUUCCUUUUGUCUGUCCUGAAUCUUCCAACAUUCAGCUUCUUUGAAUGUCCACGAGUUCUAGUAUUAUGAGAAAAGGGAGAAAAACUUUUCUCUAUCCACUUUCUCAAUGCCAUGCAUAAUUUUAUACACUUCUAUCAUGUCUCCUCUGACCCGCCUUUUCUCUAAACUAAAAAGCCCCAAAUGCUGCAACCUUUCCUCAUAAGGGAGUCGCUCCAUCCCCUUGAUCAUUCUGGUUGCCCUCUUCUGAACCUUCUCCAACUCUAUAAUAUCCUUUUUGAGAUGAAGCGACCAGAACUGUGCACAGUAUUCCAAAUGUGGCAGCACCAUAGAUUUAUACAACGGCAUUAUGAUAUCGGCUGUUUUAUUUUCAAUACCUUUCCUAAUUAUCCCUAGCAUGGAAUUUGCCUUUUUCACAGCUGCCGCACACUGGGUUGACAUUUUCAUCGUGCUGUCCACUACAACCCCGAGGUCUCUCUCCUGGUCGGUCACCGCCAGUUCAGACCCCAUGAGCGUAUAUGUGAAAUUCAGAUUGUUUGCUCCAAUAUGCAUAAUUUUACACUUGUUUAUAUUGAAUUGCAUUUGCCAUUUUUCUGCCCAUUCACUCAGUUUGGAGAGGUCCUUUUGGAGCUCUUCACAAUCCCUUUUUAUUUUAACAACCCUGAACAAUUUAGUGUCAUCAGCAAACUUGGCCACUUCACUGCUUACUCCCAAUUCUAGGCCAUUAAUGAACAAGUUGAAAAGUACAGGUCCCAAUACUGAUCCUUGAGGGACUCCACUUUCUACAGCCCUCCAUUGGGAGAACUGUCCAUUUAUUCCUACUCUCUGCUUUCUGCUUCUUAACCAAUUCCUUAUCCACAAGAGGACCUCUCCUCUUAUUCCAUGACUGCUAAGCUUCCUCAGAAGUCUUUGGUGAGGUAAUCAUAGGUAAUUAUAUUAGACAUGGUCUGGCAUUUCCUAUAGUCAGAACAAAACACAUGAAAAACUGUAGCUAUGUGUGCAAGUUAGCCACAGCCAGAUUUCUGUUCUCCAAAUAGGCUCAUUAAUCUUUCUGUGCAGUCCAGUAAAAAAUAUUACCCUGAACUGUUUGGGUGUCAUUUUAUAAUAAGAUGAUGUGGGUAUAAAAGGCCUGCCAGGACAAUUGAGCUCUCAGUUAAUUUAAUUAAUUUUCAUUAUGAAUUAGACUGGAUCUGGGUAAUUGCAGGCUUCCUUUUAGUAGCUGGAAUUCUGAUGUUCCCUUAUGGCUUUGUGUAUCCUGUUACAUGAAGGUUCUAGCUGUGAAUAAUUGUACUUUUUACUUAAGAAUCCCCAGUGGUCUUAUCUCAGUUAAGUGAGUGCACAGCCAGGCACCUAAGCUAUACAAGUGUAAACUUCUUAUCCGGUGGUUCCUUGCCAAUUUUAUUGGCAGUAGUGGAUAGUGCCACUCUCAUGCUGCUUAUUCCAGCUUAAUAUUGUGUCCAAAAUUGUACAGGGCUCUACACCAGAGACCUUCAAGAAUGUCUUAAAAGUCUAAAGCCAAGUCAGCUUGUCGUAUACAAGAAGCCUAAUUCCUCUUUUCUAGGCAGAGAAGUGUAGUCUUCUGUAUCUCUGUCAGGUGUUUGCUGUAUAGCACUCAAUGCCGCCUCCUUGCUGCCUUAUUGUUUGUGACAGCCUAUAUCUGAUCUGUAGCAGCUAAAGUGAAAUUACUAGAUAUGCAAUAUUUGGUUAGGAGGGGUCAGGGAGGAGGAAGAGGGCCAUUCCAUCAUUCACAGAACAUAAGCACUUUAUUUUAGUCUCGAAUGUCAGAGGAUUUGGUCUUCAGCCAAGAGUUGUACAAGAGAAAUGUCUUUCAUUUAGACAGCCCAUUGUAAAAUACUAGGUCCUUUUAAGGGUAAGAGUUAUGCAGCAACUGAAGCUGAACUGGUCUGCUUCACUUCUUUUGAGGAAAGGGCAACUGUGGCAUGAAUCACUCUUUGUAAUCUUACUCAGAAAUGUGUCAUGAUGUUACUCUGUGGUUAAAAUCGUUUGGUAACGGAAGACUGUUCUGCAGUGGUAUCUCAUUUUGUUGAUUCUGCAUGUACAAUAGUGCAUGCCUCCUGGACAGUUAAAACAUUCUUCUCUUACCCAAUAUAAAGUUAUUCCAGUAUAUGAGCACUUGAGGCUUUUUUUCUCCAUCAAGUUAGGAGAGCUUGAAUCUACCCAUGGAAAAUCUAUUAUGCAUAAUGCAGAUUUUAGGACAGAGACUGGCAAAGCAUGCACUGGCAGUAUUUCAUCCUGCAUCUGCAUACUUUCCCUGGAGUGAGCUGCGCCAGGAUGCAAGUGACCCGUUGCAUAAUACUAUUUGAGUGCUUACACUGGACACUCAAAGGCAUAAAUACAGAGAGAAAUUUUUCAGUCCAAACUUCAUUGCUUACUCAACUUCAGUGCUGUCCCAUAAUAGCAAGAUUGUUGUGUAAAGUCAUUCACACAGGUUUGAGAGAUAGGAUUCAGCAACAGAGUUGGAUCUUUGGGCUGAGUGAAUGAUUGAGAAUAUUCCUGUGCACAAGGAGCUGCAGAGGAAAAGAUCUAAGAAUUGUGAAGUAUCUCAUCUGUGUGGUAUAAAUUGUAAAGGGGAAAAAUUCCUUGACUUGGAUGAAUUCUUCCACCCAUUCUAAUAUCAAAGGCUCUAUAAAUUUUUGUUUAGGAUUGGAGCAGGGGCACUUAAUUUUGAAACAUACUUCAGUCAUCUCUUCUCCAAGGUAUCUGUGUUAAAAUUGUUGGGAGGGAAAAGUACUUCUACCAAUACUUCAGCUUUUGCCAAUGCCGAAGUAAUUGUAGCUGGACAUUUCUAAGGCACCGCAAACCACUGCCUCUUGGCUUGCAGGUGUCCUUUCCUUGUAUCUAUUUAUAUUUUUCUCACUUAUCAGAAUGUAUAUUUUGUAUAGCAUGUGUAAUAUGUUUGUCUAUUGUAAUAUAUCUCCAUCCAAUAAAGAAAGACAGAGUGAA